UUUUCCGCCACAAACCGUUUGUCUACAUCUUGUGUGGCCUACACUAAAAAAAUCGAAGCUAAUAGUUGUGGCGAGCGAGCCAGCCAGUGAAUCCUCCUCUUUCAAGCGACUGGCGAUGUCGGCAGCCGGCGAGAAGAAGAAGACGGCAUGCGUGACCGGAGGGAACGGGUACAUCGCCUCGGCUCUGAUCAAGAUGCUGCUGGAGAAGGGCUACGCCGUCAAGACGACGGUCAGGAACCCCGAUGACAUGGCGAAGAACUCCCACCUCAAGAACUUGCAGGCGCUCGGCCCCCUGACCGUCCUCCGCGCCGACCUGGAUGAAGAGGGCAGCUUCGACGAGGCCGUCGCCGGCUGCGACUACGCCUUCCUCGUCGCCGCUCCGGUGAACCUCGCGUCCGAGGAUCCUGAGAAAGAGCUGAUCGAGGCAGCCGUCCGAGGAACUCUGAACGUGAUGAGGUCGUGCGUGAAAGCGGGGACGGUGAAGCGCGUCAUCCUGACCUCGUCGGCGGCCUCGAUCAUCAUGAGGCCGGAGCUGCAGGGUGACGGCCAUGUCCUGGACGAGGAGUCCUGGUCCAACGUCGAGUACCUCAGAGCCAACAAGACUGCUUUCUGGGUACGCGCCGUUCCUUCGGAACCAGCAUGUUUUAUUGGUCCGUUUGCUAAUGGUGUUCGCGUUGCGUUUGCGUCGCAGGGUUACCCGGUCUCCAAGGUGCUCUCGGAGAAGGCGGCGUGCAGGUUCGCGGAGGAGCACGGCAUCAGCCUCGUCACCGUCUGCCCCGUCGUCACCGUCGGUGCGGCACCGGCGCCGACCGCCCGCACCAGCGUCCCGAACUGCCUCUCCCUUCUGUCCGGCGACGAGGCAGAGUUCGCCGUGCUGAGAGGCAUGGCGAAGGUGUCCGGCACGGUGCCGCUGGUUCACGUCGACGACGUCUGCCGCGCCGAGCUAUUCGUCGCCGAGGAGGAGGCGGCCGCGGGGAGGUACCUCUGCUGCAGCCUCAACACGACCAUCGCCGAGCUCGCGCGUUUCCUAUCUGCAAAUUACCCGCAGUACACUGUGAAAACGAAGCUGCUCUCUGGUGAUCUGCUUGAGAAGCCGAGAGCACGCCUGUCAUCGGCGAAGCUGGUCGGUGAAGGGUUUGAGUACAGGUACAAGACGCUCGAUGGGAUGUACGACGACAUGAUCGACUAUGGCAAAGCCUUGGGAAUUCUGCCCAAUCUACCGGCGAUGUCGGCCGACGACAAGAUGAAGACGGCGUGCGUCACCGGAGGGAGCGGGUACAUCGCCUCCGCGCUCAUCAAGAUGCUGUUGGAGAAAGGGUAUGCCGUGAAGACGACGGUCAGGAACCCCGAUGACAUGGCGAACAACUCCCACCUCAAGAACUUGCAGGCGCUCGGCCCCCUGGAGGUCCUCCGCGCAGAUUUGGACGAAGAAGGCAGCUUCGAUGAAGCCGUCGCCGGCUGCGACUACGCCUUCCUUGUCGCCGCUCCCGUGAACCUCAAGUCGGAGAAUCCUGAGAAAGAGCUGAUCGAGCCAGCUGUCCGAGGAACUCUGAACGUGAUGAGGUCGUGCGUGAAAGCGGGGACGGUGAAGCGCGUCAUCCUGACCUCGUCGGCGUCCUCGAUCACCAGGAGGCCGGAGCUGCAGGGCGACGGCCAUGUCCUGGACGAGGAGUCCUGGUCCAACGUCGAGUACCUCAGAGCCAACAAGACUGCUUUCUGGGUACGCGCCGUUCCUUCUGAACCAGCAUGUUUUAUUGGUCCGUUUGCUAAUGGUGUUCGCGUUGCGUUCGCUUCGCAGGGUUACCCGGUCUCCAAGGUGCUCUCGGAGAAGGCGGCGUGCAGGUUCGCGGAGGAGCACGGCAUCAGCCUCGUCACCGUCUGCCCCGUCGUCACCGUCGGUGCGGCGCCGUCGCCGACCGCCCGCACCAGCGUCCCGAGCUGCCUCUCCCUUCUGUCCGGCGACGAGGCAGAGUUCGCCGUGCUGACAGGCAUGGCGAAGGCGUCCGGCACGGUGCCGCUGGUUCACGUCGACGACGUCUGCCGCGCCGAGCUGUUCGUCGCCGAGGAGGAGGCGGCCGCGGGGAGGUACCUCUGCUGCAGCCUCAACACGACCAUCGCCGAGCUCGCGCGUUUCCUGGCACACAAGUACCCGCAGUACGGCGUGAAAACAGACCUGCUCUCCGACGACGUGCUUGAGAAGCCGAGAGCGUGCGUAUCGUCCGCGAAGCUGGUGAGGGAAGGGUUCGAGUACAAGUACGAGACGCUGGAUGGGAUGUACGACGACAUGGUCGAGUACGGCAAGGCCUUAGGAAUUCUCACCAACUGAUGAUGUUCCUCCGCUUUGGGGUGUCACAAUUCCAAAAUGUGCUUGCAAAACAAGUCUAUGGUUUCCGGAAAAAAGAGAGAGAGAGAGUUUAUGUUAACUUUAUGAGAGGAAACAACAGGUCCUUGUUUAUUACCAGAAAUAAUGCGAAAAAUACAUCCCACAACCGUUUGUCCCCC